GUCACGAUAGAAGAUGUCGGUGCCGUUUGCUGCGAAAAGGUUGGGUAAGGAGCUCCAGAAGAUCAGCAGCUCGUUGCCGCCAGGGAUCGAGCUUGUCUCGGCUGACAAUUUCGAGGAAUGGCUGCUGGACAUCAAGGUGCUGGAUAACAACCCACUCUACCAAAACCAAACAUACAGGCUGAAAUUCCGUUUUAGCCCGUCAUACCCUAUCGAGCCUCCCGAAGUCGUCUUCGUCCAGCUUCCUGACCGUCCAAUCCCGAUACAUCCUCACAUCUACUCCAACGGAAUCAUCUGUCUUGACUUACUCGGCCAGCAAGGAUGGAGCCCCGUGCAGAACGUCGAGAGCGUUUGUAUGAGUCUGCAAAGCAUGCUUACCGGGAACUCCAAGAACGAGCGGCCUCCUGGAGAUGAGGAAUUUGUUCGGGGCAACACUAUGCGACCUAGGGACAUCCAGUUCUACUAUCACGAUAACGACGUGUGACGCAGCACCGGCUGAAAUCCCCGAGAGCGGCACCAAAGUUACUCCAACUCAUAAGCCUUCUUAUGAUCCUCACGAAUCUUUGGUUGUGGGUUCUGCGAACGUUUUUGACUGCAUGCAUUAUGGAGUUAGGACCAACCCUCCGACCGCCCUCGCACCUGGCCGGUCCUGCUAUGCAGCCCUCACGUCAAUUUGGUCCCAAUGCACCGAAUCAUCGUGGUCUGCCAGGUGCAGGGUCGGGUUGGGAUAAUUUGGUCUUUGCUGGAUUCCUGGAUGACGGACGGAGCUGCACGAAGACGCAUCCAAUCAGUGGUCACUGAUUGAUGAAGGGAAGCAACAGGCGCAAAAUGCAUUCGCUUUUAGCACUCAAAUUUUGAAAUAGCCUUAACAGCAUUCCUGUGUGACUCCGACAGCGCUGAAGGAACGAUAUGAUACUUGUUGUACG